CACCUCCUCCCUGGGGCCUGCUUCCUGCUAUGUCCUCCUGAGCCUCCAAGGAGGGGGCUCAGGGGGCCGAUGGCCUCCCGUCCCCGGCGCCCCCACCGCCCCUGUGGGCUAGGGGAAGUACCUCAACAAUGGGCAACAACAGCACAUGGGAGGGCUGCCACGUGGACUCUCGCGUGGACCACCUCUUCCCGCCCUCUCUCUAUAUCUUCGUCAUUGGCAUCGGGCUGCCUACCAACUGUCUGGCCCUGUGGGCGGCCUACCGCCAGGUGCGGCAGCGCAACGAGUUGGGCGUCUACCUAAUGAACCUCAGCAUCGCCGACCUGCUGUACAUCUGCACGCUGCCCCUGUGGGUGGACUACUUCCUGCACCAUGACAACUGGAUCCACGGUCCCGGCUCCUGCAAGCUCUUCGGGUUUGUCUUCUACACCAACAUCUACAUCAGCAUCGCCUUCCUCUGCUGCAUCUCUGUGGACCGCUAUCUGGCUGUGGCCCACCCACUGCGCUUUGCCCGCCUGCGCCGCGUCAAGACAGCGGUGGCUGUCAGCUCGGUGGUCUGGGCCACGGAGCUGGGUGCCAAUUCGGCGCCCCUGUUCCAUGAUGAGCUCUUCCGCGACCGCUACAACCACACCUUCUGCUUCGAGAAGUUUCCCAUGGAGGGCUGGGUGGCCUGGAUGAACCUCUACCGGGUCUUUGUGGGAUUCCUCUUCCCCUGGGGCCUCAUGCUGCUGUCUUACCGCGGCAUCCUGCGUGCCGUGCGGGGCAGCGUGUCCACAGAGCGCCAGGAGAAGGUCAAGAUCAAGCGCUUGGCGCUCAGCCUUAUAGCCAUUGUGCUGGUCUGCUUUGCGCCUUACCAUGUGCUCUUGCUCUCACGCAGCGCUGUCUACCUGGGCAACCCCUGGGACUGUGGUUUCGAGGUGCGUGUCUUCUCUGCCUACCACAGUUCGCUGGCCUUCACCAGCCUCAACUGCGUGGCUGACCCUAUCCUAUACUGUCUUGUCAAUGAGGGUGCCCGCAGCGAUGUGGCCAAGGCCCUGCAUAAUCUACUUCGCUUCUUGGCCAGCAACAAGCCCCAGGAGAUGGCCAAUGCCUCGCUCACCCUGGAGACCCCACUCUCGUCCAAGAGACACAGUGUAGCCAAGGCUGUGGCAUCUGGCUGGGCAGUGGCUCCGCCUUCCCAGGGGGACCAGGUGCAGCUGAAGAUGCUGCCACCCCCAGGACUAUGAGUCCCAGGGG